AAUACAGAUAAGGAAGGUUAGGUUUCCAGCGAUACAAUGAUUCCAAUACCUACAAUUUAGAAACCAAAAUAAUGGAGGUGGCUUUUUCAGAGCCAUUCAACCAUUCUUUUCAAUACUUAAUCAAGUCACGGAAGUAGCAAGAAUUCAAUAGGAAAGUGCAGGCCGUGUUUUUGAGAGAGAUAGAGAGGAUAUUAUAAUGAAGUGGGGGUUGUGGAUCAUCAUUAGCACUUCUGUUGACUUGACUGAGCAAAUCAUAUCAAUGUCUACUGUGGAGGCCAAGAGACUGUGGAAUGCCUUUGUGAAGGAUGCCCAUAAUCUCCUCCCAAAGUUGGCACCACAGAUAUUCUCAAGGAUCACUCUCUUGCAGGGUGAUGGAGGCGUGGGUACCAUUAGGCAAAUCAAUUUCACCAUGGGAAACAAGAAUUUCAGGUAUGUGGUGGAACGGGUGGAGGAAAUGGAUGAGGAGAAGUUUGUAUAUUGCUACAGCCAUGUGGAGGGAGGAGUGCUGGGAAAGAAAUUGGCUUCUGCCAAGUAUGAGUUCAAAUUCAGGCCAGAGGGAGAUGGAGGGGAUGGAGGAGAUGGAGGAUGCAUUUGCAGCUGUGUUUUCCACUAUGAGAGCCUCCCUGGUGUUCAGCAGGACCAAGGCAAAGUGCAGCAGAUUAAAAACAUGAGCACUGCUCUCUUCAACAAGAUUGAAGCAUACCUCCUUGCCAACCCUGCAUUGUACUGUUAAAUGAGGCCAACUGCAUAAUAUUAUCAGUAGCUAGAUACCUUCAUAUAAGGCGCAGCCAGUUUUAAUCUAGUAUUCUUUCAUGAGCAUCAUUAGUUGUUGCUCUUUAAAGUUUCAGUCAAUCAUAUCUGUCCUGAAUAAAAAUUUAGAAAAGUACCAACUUGCUUUUAUACCUGUUUAAUCUUUUCUAGGUUACUUUUAAACAUCAAACAGUUUUAGAUGUUUUCCAAAAAGGAAUAACAAUGAUUAUAAAUACCAGUUUUAAA